GUUUGGCCCUCGUCGGGGGUUUGGUUUCCGCCAUGCUCUAUGGCACAACAACUCUCCAGGGGUGUUUUAAAUGGAAUGUUCAGGGUGAUGCUCGACUUACCGGCCACAUAGACCUACAUAUAUUACAUGCACUACUCUGAUGACGCCUCGACCAUGAAGUCUGUGGUCGCUGCCGUAUGGAUUCUCGAUACUCUGCAUGUCUCGUUCAUGUGUCAUAUCUUGUAUCAUUACCUGGUGAAACUAGCAGCCUAAUCCUUGUAAUUCUCAUGGUCAAACUACCGCAGAUAACCAAUUAUGGUGUCCCAACAAGUCUGGAGUAUAUCGUCUGGUUCGGAGUCUUGAUUUUUGUGGUUCAAUGUUUCUUCGUGCGUCAAAUAUAUUACCUUUGCCGCCCUCGGGUGAAGUGGUUGGUGACCGUUCCAAUUAUACUAUUAGUGCUCGCUCACUCCGGUCUUGGCAUAGAUGCAUCCGCACAGGAGUUUGUUGAUCCCAGCGCCAGCAUCCUUGCACAGAUUAAGUUUGCGAGGGUGACGCCCGCUUUUGCCAUGAUCGCACUAGCUGAGGUUCUGAUUACGGUGUCACUCUGCAUACUUUUCUAUCAUGGUGGUUCUGGCGCCGCAUUCCCGAGCACGAAGCGUCUCCUGAACACGCUUAUUAUUUAUGCUGUUAACCGGUGUUUGCUGUCCUCACUAGUUGCUAUUGUAGACCUCUUAGUCACCGUUGAGGACCAAAGCACCUGGUCACUGGGAUUGAGUUUCGUGAUGGCAAAGUUAUAUGCCAAUUCACUUCUAGCAUCAUUGAACUCCCGAGAACACCUUCGAUCCCGGGCUGCAGCUUCCGCAGAAUGCUGAGAACUCAGAGGAUAGAGCAAGGCAGCUUGACAUGCCCGAAAUGGCUGUUAUCGAUCUUACCCCCAAUCCCGCACUUGAUAAGA